GGAAGUCAGGUCAGGGUAAUCCAAUUGUGUGUCUAUUCCAAAACUGUAGCCUAUGUAUGUAUGGAGUAGGAUACAUAACAUUUUCUGAUGGCCAGCAGGUGGUGGCGACAGACAAGGUAGCAGGCAAGCUGAGUUCUACUCUCUCAUGGGUGCGGAACUCUGUGUCUCACACGGUCAGUCAGAUGGCUAGCCAGGUGGCCACGCCCUCUUCACUGCCGGCCCCGCCCACAGGUCCUGCCCCUGUGUCUGGAGCGCCUCCUCUGGGCUCCUCGUCCUCGUCCUCCUCCACGCCACUCUCCUCUCCAGCCCUCACGCCCGCCACACCUACACUCAGCCCAGACGAGCUGGAGCUACUCGCCAAGCUCGAGGAGCAGAACAGGUUGCUGGAGACGGACAGUAAGUCUCUACGGUCGGUGAAUGGCUCUCGACGUAACAGCGGCUCGUCGCUGGUGUCGAGCUCCUCGGCCUCCUCCAACCUGUCGCACCUGGAGGAGGACUCAUGGCUGCUGUGGGGGAGGAUCGUCAACGACUGGGAGGAGGUGCGCAAGAAGAAGGAGAAGCAGCUCAAGGACCUGGUGCGUAAGGGCGUGCCCCACCACUUCCGGGGCAUCGUGUGGCAGCUGCUGUGUAACGCCCAGAACAUGCCGAUCAAGGACCAGUACUCAGAGCUGCUCAAGAUGACCUCGCCCUGCGAGAAGCUCAUCCGCAGAGACAUCGCCCGCACGUACCCCGAGCACCAGUUCUUCAAGGAGAAGGACAGCUUGGGGCAGGAGGUGCUCUUCAACGUCAUGAAGGCCUACUCUCUAGUGGACCGAGAGGUCGGUUACUGCCAGGGCAGCGCUUUCAUCGUGGGUCUACUGCUCAUGCAGAUGCCAGAGGAGGAGGCGUUCUGUGUGUUUGUGAAGCUGAUGCAGGACUACAGGCUGAGGGAGCUCUUCAAGCCCAGCAUGGCCGAGCUGGGACUCUGCAUGUACCAGUUCGAGUGCAUGAUACAGGAGCACCUGCCCGAGCUGCAUCUGCAUUUCCAGGCCCAGAGCUUCCACACCUCCAUGUACGCCUCCUCCUGGUUCCUCACCAUCUUCCUCACCUCCUUCCCCUUACCUGUGGCCACCAGAAUAUUCGACAUCUUCAUGUCCGAGGGUCUGGAGAUAGUUUUCCGUGUGGGUUUGGCAAUCCUGCAGAUGAACCAGACGGAGCUCAUCCAGUUGGAUAUGGAGGGCAUGUUACAGCACUUUCAAAAGGUCAUUCCUGGUCAGCUGGAGAGCGGCCCUGAUAAAGUCAUCACGGCUGCUUACCAAGUCAAGUACAACGCCAAGAAAAUGAAGAAGCUGGAGAAGGAGUACACUACCAUUAAGACCAAGGAGAUGGAGGAACAGGUGGAAAUCAAGAGGCUACGGACAGAGAACCGUCUUCUAAAGCAGAGGAUUGACACGCUAGAGAAGGAAAGCGCCGCACUGGCAGAUAGAUUGAUCCAGGGCCAGGUGACUCGAGCGCAGGAGGCGGAGGAGAACUACCUGGUGAAGAGGGAGCUGGCCACGGUCAAGCAGCAGAGUGAGGAGGCCAGCGCUCAGCUGGAGCAGGCACGCAACCUCAUCCAGCAGCUGCAAGGGAAGGGGGGUUGUCGCUACUCUGAGGACACCAUCCUGCAGCUGGAGAGGGAGUUGGUGCAGGCGCGGCUGAAGGAGGCCGAGUCUCAGUGCGCCCUAAAGGAGAUGCAGGACAAGAUCCUCGACAUAGAGAAGAGGAACACCUCGUUGCCGGAGGAGAAUAACGUGGUCCAGCUGCAGGAGGAGCUGAUUGCUGUGAAGCUGCGGGAGGCCGAGGCCAUCCAGGGAGUCAAGGAGCUCCGGCACCAAGUCAGGGGCCUGGAGGAACACUGGCAGAGGCACCUGGCGCGGACGGCGGGCCGGUGGAAGGACAGCCCCCGCAAGAACACGGUGAGCGAGCUGCAGGACGAGCUGAUGAGCGUACGACUACGAGAAGCCGAAGCACAGGCCGAACUCAGGGAGACACGGCAGAGGAUGCUGGAGCUGGAGACACAGAACCAGAUCCAUAGCAACCAGCUGCGGCGGGCGGAGCAGGAGUCUCGGGCGCAGGAGGUGCGUGUGGAGGGUCUGACGGGCCAGAACAAGGAGCUGCACGGACAGCUGCAGGACGUCAAGCGCAAGCUGGCCGAGAGAGAGUGCAAGAACAAAGAGGAGGUGAUGGCGGUGCGGCUGAGAGAGGCGGAUAACAUAGCAGCCAUGGCCGAACUACAGCAGCAGAUCUCGGAGCUGGAGAUACAGAAGGAGGAAGGGAAGGUAGUGGGCCAGCUGAACAACACAGACUCCAGCCAGUACAUCCGCGACCUGAAGGACCAGAUCACAGAGCUCAAACACGAGGUGCGCUGCCUGAAGAGCCAGAGGGCGGGCCUGCCGGCCGGCGUGGGCAACUUUGACAGCAUCCACAUCGUCAACCACUACGGGGACAGGGAGUGCUACGCCUCCUCAGACGAGGAGCAGGAGGAGGACGAGGAGGCUGCCAGCAGGCUGGCCCGGUCUCGGAGGGGGAGGUUGGGGGAGGGGGGAGGAGGAGGAGGAGGAGGGGGGGGCCGCAUCACGCUGCACCCUGAGCUGGAGGACUCGGACAGUGACGAUGACGGAGAGGCCCUGAGGCUCACCGUGCCGACCAACGGCAACAGUCACAAGACCACCACCGUCUAGUCACUAUGGUAACCAACAACAGUAGCCAUAAGACCACCGACGUCUUGUCACUAUGAUAACAGUGCCACUGACGACACCACUGUACAGUUACCAGCAGUAGCCAUUAUGGGACUAGUGUGACAUCUUCUUUCCCUGAACAGCACACCACCGUCUCUCCAAAUCACACCAACACUCCUCUCCUCUCCUCUCCUCUCCUCAACCCAGUGUCCCUCCACUGCCCCCCUCCAUACAGUCAUCAGUGCAUCACUACCACAGGCCAGCCGACUGCAACUCAGCCUCAGGCGGGGAGAGGAGAACUGAGGAAAGUGGACUAGUGGAGGGUUUGGAGCUGAAUAUGAGCUGCUUCCAGCAGCACUUAACACCAGCAGGCACCAGAGCUGGCUGCCAUGACGGAUAAGUCAUGUCACACAUCUGCCUUAUAUCACCAUCACUGCUUGUUCUUUCAUAUUGGCUGUCAUCUGCCAUCACCAGUGACAUCAUAGACUUGUUACCUAUAAGCACUUACACUUGCCCAGUGCCGACCACCCCCAUCCAAACCAGAGUCCACUGACUCAACACUAGAAGUAUUCAGAAGGAGGGGAGGUGAGAUGUUUGGAAGCAUGCACUACCCACCACCAUCAGAAAACAUCAUCAGCCACCUUUGGCCUGCCAACAUUAGAAAGAAGGCUGGCAUUAAAUAGACACAGAUGAAUCUGUGAAUGUCUGAUCUAUUCCGCUUUUGGACAAUACUGUGUUUUACUCUGUAACAAGGACAUGUUGUCAACCCAUAUCAUACUUUUUUAUUAUUGUUCUCAGAUUUUAAAAAACAACAAACCAACUGAACUUUUGUUUUGGGAAUGUUUCAUAGGAAAGAAGCAACACCGAGACACUGACACUACCUUUAGUCAUUAAGAAGUGCUUCUCUCGGCCAAGAGGAGACCUAUUCAUGAACUAAUAUGCAGCUGUAUGAAGGCUGCUACAAACUCCCGUACCCAGACACUCUCAUUGGCUAAGACCAGCCCAUGGUCUAACCUCAUUGGUUAUGACCACCCUGUACCCAGGGUGCCCUGGGAUACCUUCUCUCCCCAGGAAGCCUCUUUUGUAUAUAUGUACAUGUAUGUUGUUCAUGGUUUGUUUGCAUCAACUUGAAAAAUGUGUUAUCUUGUGACCGUGGCAGAGGAUGUAUGCCAUGCAGUUUAUUGUUGUAUUGUUCGUGGACUAAAAGGGACAUAUCACUCACCCGAGACAAUGUUCAGAAUACCCCCUACACACACACACACACACACACACACACACACACACACACACACACACACACACACACACACACACUGGUCCACGAGCUUCACAGAAGCAUAUCACACACUUAUUUUGGCCAUGUUUCGCUUGAAGUGUGUGUUGGUUUCCCUCUUCGCUUUCAGCAGAGAGGUUUUAGCAUGUGGACAAUAGAGCAUGUUACAGGUUUGACACACAGAUGUCACAAUGUUGGGAGACGAUAUUUUCUGUGUUCUGUGAUUUAUCCUUUUGUUUGUUUAUUUUCAGUUUUUUGUUGUUGUUUGGUUUCGUUCUCUUUUUAAAAGAAACAUCUUUAAAUCAGCAAUGCAAAUGAAGGGAAUGUGCUUUGAAAAUUCGCUACAUGCAUCAUUGUAUUGGAGGGACGAAACGGACAAGAGUUCGCACAUUUGCACAAUGGAGUGGAGUGGAGCGCGCCUGUGUCAAGGGAACCUGCCUGGCGCACGGCGGAAACGCGGCGCGUCACCUGCAUGCAGGGGGUUGUCAAUGGAAAGAUAUCGCCCGCCCGUCUUCUUGCAAAAGGCAGCAGCACCGCAUCACCUGGCCUUUGUAUGGCUACACCCACUCACUCUCACCGUCACCUUCCGGGGUGCAGUUGGCCUGAAAAGUUUCCUCUCUGAUCUGAUGAUACACCAGAAGUUUGAAAUGCUCAGUAAUGACCUUGUCCAUAGCCAAUGUUGUGUGUAAUGACACCGUAAAUGACACCUUGGGAAGCGACCCCAGUCGCCUUGCAGGGAAUUAAACUGAAAUCUCCUAAAUCUAUGAAUUUAUAAUUUUCCCCCGCGCAAUAAAGUAAGAAAAUUAAAACACUAAGUGGGCUACUAGGCUAUCAGAUAGUCUAUCUGAUUAUGUCCGAUUGAAUACUGUACCGCUGCAGCUAUCCCAAAGCGAAUUUAACAUGUGGAGUAUACUGCGUUUCAAUGUGUCGAUUCAGUGUUUCCCUUGAUGGAGAGCGGCCGAUAUGGAACACGUGCUGGCCAGUGAACACUAUCUGUUUAUGUAAUGACUCAUACUAUAUCCAACGACAAUGGUUCACUAAAUAAAUCAUGAUAAAUUCAUUUAUUUUCCCUGUCAUUUACAGUUGACCGUCACAGCAAUGGGCAAUAAAAGGCUUUUAUAAGGCUCUUAAACGAA